CAAAAUAGAUAAGUUUUGGGACCUUUGGCGAAAUUCCUAUAAAAGUGGGGUCUAACCAGUGCAAUUUUCAAUAGCGUGAGGUACGAAUUUAUAAUGAAGACUCUGCAAAUCGUUCUUGUGUUUUCCGCCAUUGUGGCCAUUGCUUUUGCUGCCAACGCAAGUUGGGGAUCAAAGCUCUCGAGUAGUAAGCUAGCCAGUACCCAGAACUUGACUAUUCACAAGAAAGCCAAUCAAUAUGUGAACGGUAUAAUUGUUUUCCCCUUGACCGGCCAGGGUAACACCAAAACCAUUCGGUACAUAAAUAUAACUGACAGAUUUACCAACAGCUCGGGACCCUAUUCUUCUUUGUCGACGGGCGGCAUUGGAUAUACCAGUGUCAAAAUCAAUGUUACGAGUCAGUUUUCCCAGGGAAUCAACGUCACUGCCCAAAUCUGGGUUGAUGCUUAAAAAAAGGCUUCAUGGAUUGAAAUGUGAAAACAAUAAAAGAAUAUAUGAUUGCAAAUACCUUUUUCGUUGAUCGUUAUGUUGAUCUCCAUUCAAUUUUAAAUUUUUUAGAAUUAUUUUGAACAUGUACAUUCUUGUUUUGUAUAAUUGGGUUGUAAUCGGGGCCGAUUUCUUAAAAUAAAACGUUAGAUUUUGCUUGCUUGA